GAAUGUUAACAAUGCAGUAAGUGUCGUCCAAUUUUGUACUGAAUUCUAAUUCUGCCUGGAGUUGGGAGAAAAUGGAGUCUCUUCAUGAUAUUUACUCAGGCCUACCAUUAAGAGAAAGUUCGAUAAAUUAUCGUAUGUGUUGUGCAACAAAUGAUUGGAUUUAAAGUUUCCCGAAAAGUGUAUUUGGUUGGAUUCUUUAUCGGAUUAAAUCUGAAUGAUACAUCUAUCUCAUGAUAAAGCCUCGGAUUUCUUCCAACGCGACCAGCUUUCGGCCAGAGAAAGACUGCUGGGAUUGAAAUUCUCCCUUCAUUGGAAUGUCGGGCUGCUCCAGGCUGUGGAGUUGCGUUGCUUCCAGCGCUAAAUUGAGAAGGCCCCACGUUCUUUCACUCUCGAAAUGUUAAACUAAUCACAACCUCGACAAGAAAACCCACGAAGUGAUCAAUAUGGUACAGAAGGGAGCCAGAGUGGUUUGGGCCAAGGGCAUCCUUGUGACCCCUCACAUGACUUGGAAUAGGAAUGAGUGUGAUCCCUAAAACACACAACAUGGAACGCCAGUUGGAAUCCUAUCAGUAGGAGCCAGCAACACAGAGAUAAACAAAAACCUUGACCAAGAGAAAGAGAGGAGGAAACAUAAUCUCUCCUACUGGAGGGCCUUAUCUAUUUAGGUCACAGAGUUCCAGAGUAAGCUUACCAGUGUUGUGUCAGUGUGUCAGUUGUGGGUGUCUGUUUGGGUGUGAGUUCCCUAGGCUAGAUACUAAAACAGGGGAGUGUCAUGAGGCCCAAGACGUUCCCCGCUGCUCCGUAUGUGGGCAACACGCGCCAGCGCCUCCAGGAGAUCAAGGAGGGGCUGAAGCAGCCAGCCAAGCUGGUGAGCCAGGCCCUCCAUGGGGGCAGCUCCUGGGGUGAGGGGGGCCGCGGGACCGAAAGCAAGGGCAAAGACCCCGGGAGUCGCCAGCAGCAGCUCCGACCCCCUCAGAAGUUCAACAACUACCAGAACGCUUUGAGAGAGAUCCGCAGGUCCCUCAUGCCCUUUGCCAAUGAGUCUGGCCCCUCUGGCUCCGCCCACCCUGCUGGAGACGUCAACCGACAGAUGCUGCAGGAGUUGGUCAAUGCUGGCUGUGACCAGGAAAUGGCGGUGCGGGCUCUGAAGCAGACGGGCAGCAGAAACAUCGAGGCUGCUCUGGAGUACAUCAGUAAGAUGGGAUACCUGGACCCCCGCAAUGAACUCAUCGUCCAGGUCAUCAAACAGACCUCACCAGGCAAAGGGGGCAUUCCAAACUCAAUGGACCACAGACCACCAUUGGAGGGAACAAGUGAGGGCGCCAUGCCUCCCUACCACCAGAUGGGGGCGCCAAUGUAUGAGGGUGCUGGUUAUGGGCCAGAGGGCGCCUACAUGGGCACCUCUCCUGUCAUGAACUACAUGAUGCCCCCCUCGGUCGCGGUACAGGGCCCUGCCAUAGGUAACCCCAUGGGACGCCCUCUCAGCAUGGGAGCCUACACUCCAGCCAUGGCAGCCUACCCUCCAGCCAAUCCAGGGAACCCCAUGUAUACCCCAGGCACCACGCAGAAUGCCUAUCCAGGCAGUAUGGAGCAGGCCAUGAUGGGCUACAGCGUCCCCAGCCAGCCCCUGCAGCUCCAGCCCCAGGCACCAGGAGGCCCUGUCCCAGGUCCCCACUACGACUAUGGCCACGUCCGGCCUCACAUGUUGGAGCCCUCAAGCUACGGCGUGCAGAGGAGUGCCUCCUUCCAGAACAAGAUGCCGCCGCUGGCACCCGACAACUACGUCAACAUGCAGGGGAAAGGGGUCAUGGGCCAGAAUGGGGGAGGGUACCCUCCUAACAUGUACAUACCGCCCCACCCCCAGCAGUCCAGCCCAACCUCACACCAGGUCCACAUGAUGUCCCGCUCACCCGGUGGAGCCGCCGCUGCCCUGGGUCCAGAUUUCUCUGACCUGCUCACACCCUCUAGAGCCAGCCUUAACCUGGACCUGUACGAGCAGCACCAGCACCACUGGGCCGGUCCCCAGGGGCCUGAGGGGGCCCCUCCAGCCAGGCAGCCCCAGCCUCAGGGGCCCUUCCGGGGAGAGGUGCGGGUCCCCAGUAGGACCAACUCCUUCAACAACCGGUCAGUGCCCCCAAACAACGUCCGACCCACCCUGGUCACCCCAGCUCCCGGCAAACAGGACCCGUCCCUGGGACAACCCAACACCAUCACAGCGGUGACUUCGCCCCCCAUCCAGCAGCCAGUGAAGAGCAUCCGAGUAAUGAGGCCCGAGCCGAAGACUGCUGUGGGGCCGUGUCACCCUGGCUGGUUGGCUGCUCAGGAAGCAUCUGAGCCCCUCGCCUACAUGCCUGAAGAGGCCUACUCUCUGGAGCAUGCCCAGGAGACCCGCUGUCCACCACCUCCCUACCCCAAAACCCUGCACAUGUCUGGGGCUGCUUCAGAGGCAGGGCCCCUGGAGGGACCAGGAGGAGCUAUGUGUGGAGCCCCAGACCUCAACACUCCUUCUAGGCCACAUGGUGGUAGUGGAGGAGGAAAGGCAGAGGAGAGCCAGGUGAAAGAGACGACCAAGUCUGGGAAAGGAGAGAAGGCAGUGAAAAACAAGAAGCAGAUCCAGACAUCGCCGGUGCCGGUGAGGAAGAAUGGACGUGAUCAGGAGAAGAGGGAGUCGCGCAUUAAAAGCUACUCGCCAUUCGCCUUCAAGUUCUACAUGGAGCAGCAUGUGGAGAAUGUGAUGAAGACCCAUCAGCAGAAACUGAACCGCAGGCUGCAGCUAGAGCAGGAGAUGUCCAAGGCUGGCCUAUCAGAGGCGGAGCAGGAGCAGAUGAGGAAGAUGCUUAACCAGAAGGAGUCCAACUACAACCGGCUGCGCCGUGCCAAGAUGGACAAGGCCAUGUUUAUCAAGAUCAAGACGUUGGGCAUCGGGGCCUUCGGUGAGGUGUGCCUGACCCGCAAGGUGGACACGGGAGCCCUGUACGCCAUGAAGACGCUGCGCAAGAAGGACGUGCUCAACCGCAACCAGGUGGCCCACGUCAAGGCUGAGCGUGACAUCCUGGCGGAGGCAGACAACGAGUGGGUGGUGCGUCUGUACUACUCGUUCCAGGACCGGGACAGCCUCUACUUUGUCAUGGACUACAUCCCCGGAGGAGACAUGAUGAGCCUGCUGAUCCGCAUGGGCAUCUUCCCCGAGCCGCUGGCAUGCUUCUACGUGGCUGAGCUGACGCUGGCCAUCGAGAGUGUCCACAAGAUGGGCUUCAUCCACCGCGACAUCAAGCCGGACAACAUCCUCAUCGACCUGGACGGACACAUCAAGUUGACCGACUUUGGCCUCUGCACUGGCUUCCGCUGGACGCACAACUCCAAGUACUAUCAGAAAGGGAGCCAUAUCAGACAGGACAGCAUGGAGCCCAGUGACUUCUGGGACGACGUGUCCAACUGUCGUUGUGGCGACCGGCUGCAGACCUUAGAGCAGCGGGCGACACGGCAACACCAGCGCUGCCUGGCACACUCCCUGGUGGGCACGCCCAACUACAUCGCCCCUGAGGUGUUGUUGCGCAAAGGGUACACCCAGCUGUGUGACUGGUGGAGUGUGGGAGUGAUCUUGUUUGAGAUGCUGGUGGGACAGCCCCCCUUCCUGGCCCCGACACCCACUGAGACACAGAUUAAGGUGAUAAACUGGGAGAGCACGCUACAGGUGCCCCCGCAGAUCAAGCUCAGCCCCGAGGCUGUCGACAUCAUCGGCCGUCUCUGCUGCUCCCCAGAGGAACGUCUUGGGAGCAACGGCGCCGGCGAGAUCAAAACUCAUCCCUUCUUUGACCAGAUGGACUUCUCCAGCAACCUGCGCACCCAGCCCGCCCCCUACCGGCCCAAGAUUGCCCACCCCAUGGACACUUCCAACUUCGACCCAGUGGAGGAUGAAGGGGGUCCCGGGGCGUGGAGUGAUAGCGGAGACAGCACCCGGGCCUGGGAGACCCUCUGCACCCCACACGGGAAACACCCGGAGCACGCCUUCUACGAGUUCACCUUCCGCAGGUUCUUUGAUGACAACGGCUGCCCCUUCCGCUAUCCCAAGCCCCCAGAGACCAGCCACAGCCAGGGGCCUCCCAGCCACAGCGGAGCCAGCAGCAUGGGCCCUGAGGAGGAAGAGGAUGAGGAGGAGGAAGAGCAGGGGGAGGGCUGUGAGCCUGUGUAUGUGUAGAAGAGCCAAGACUGUUGGCUUUCUAAACCAUGCCCCCCUCUCGCUUUCUCUCGCUGUCUCUCUCCAGCAAAUCAACACUCAGCACCUGGGACCCUGUCUGCCAACCUCCCAUCUACCACUGUGAAUGUAUGUUCAUGUGUGUGUGCGUGCCUCUGUAUAUGUGGUUUUGAGAGACUGAGAGCGAGUGAGAUACUGAGAACAGGACGGCCUGACAUCUGUUCAACAAUUCAAGCACUACUGUGUGGAAUCUGCAGCGUGAGCAGAGACUACAGUAAGAACCCCUGAUCUGGGACCAAGAAACAACGAACUGUACAAGGGCUAGGCAUGGGAUAAUGAUGCCAGAGGACUGUUAUGAAAAAAGACUCAUCAGAACAGGUAGUUCUUCUAAAAGGCUCCCACUGCACUGUGGAGGUUUACAAAAGUGUUCAGAUAAGAGUUUGACGCUGGGACCGUGACCAUGCGUGUUUCUAGUGGUCAUAGUGCUCUAUCCCAUUCCUUCCACCCUGGGUCUUACAGAGAUCACUUCUUCCAGGUUGACCUUACCCCAUGAAGUAAACACAAACCCUUGCUGUUUCAUGGGUUGCUUGUCUCUUCCUUUCUGAGACUUAGGCACUAGAACCAGUGUGUGCUUUGGAGACUGAGCUGGAUGUUAGGUUGGACUGGACUGAAUUAACUAGCGGGAAGAAUCAAAACGCAACACUUCUCACACAGCUGUGACAAAAUAAGCUACCAAAAUACACAUACACAUACACACUUUGCAGGAUGGUUGAACUACACAAUCUAGGAGGGGGCAAUGAGAUUGUCCUCUGCAGCUAACCACCUGAAGUCCUCUAAAACCACAGGGUUAUCUUACACAUUUCUAUGUUGUUUGGAUGUCUGACAUGGCAGUCUAGAGAUUCCCCCAAGGUUAACUAGCUGUGUGUCUCCUACCUUCAACUUCACACACAUUCUUUUCCUCCAAAUAGGUGAUGUGGGAUGCCGCCAUCUUGUGGUUAGAGAGCCACUAUGUUGUUCCCUUACCACCACUAAAUGAUUCUGUUUUGAGUGUCAGACCCAGGGGAAUGGAUGUGAUGGGGAAAUACUCGUAGGAACAACAACAAAUUCCUUUGUUUGAAGUGCCAGCUGCCAGAUCCAUGGAUGAUAUUGUUAUUUGAGUCAAUCAAUUCCUUUCUCGGUAUUAUUAUGAUGACUAUGUUUUAUUGAGCUAGUUCUGAGGAAGGUGAACUACAAGUGUGAAUCAUUGCAUUGUUGUGGAUAUGGGUCUCGUGAUUACAUACAUGUUUGGUAAGCAGUCACACGCCUAUCCAUGUCUCAACACAACACAUACAGUACACCUGCUCUAAGACUGUCAUGUACUGUUUGGUAAGCAGUCACUUCUAUCCAUGUCUCAACACAACACAUACAGUACACCUGCUCUAAGACUGUCAUGUACUGUUUGGUAAGCAGUCACUUCUAUCCAUGUCUCAACACAACACAUACAGUACACCUGCUCUAAGACUGUCAUGUACUGUUUGGUAAGCAGUCACUUCUAUCCAUGUCUCAACACAACACAUACAGUACACCUGCUCUAAGACUGUCAUGUACUGUUUGGUAAGCAGUCACUUCUAUCCAUGUCUCAACACAACACAUACAGUACACCUGCUCUAAGACUGUCAUGUACUGUUUGGUAAGCAGUCACUUCUAUCCAUGUCUCAACACAACACAUACAGUACACCUGCUCUAAGACUGUCAUGUACUGUUUGGUAAGCAGUCACUUCUAUCCAUGUCUCAACACAACACAUACAGUACACCUGCUCUAAGACUGUCAUGUACUGUUUGGUAAGCAGUCACUUCUAUCCAUGUCUCAACACAACACAUACAGUACACCUGCUCUAAGACUGUCAUGUACUGUUUGGUAAGCAGUCACUUCUAUCCAUGUCUCAACACAACACAUACAGUACACCUGCUCUAAGACUGUCAUGUACUGUUUGGUAAGCAGUCACUUCUAUCCAUGUCUCAACACAACACAUACAGUACACCUGCUCUAAGACUGUCAUGUACAGUGACAUUACUGAUGCCGUGCUUUUUAGCCACAUUGACAUUUCAAAGUCCAACCUGCUAGUGCACCACUUCCACACGCGCAGUAUUAUAGAGUUAACACAUCCAAGUGUCCACACAGUCUCCUCGGUCUGUCUGGAGACAUGGCAGAAACAUGUGAUAGUAUGACGAUGUGCAAUACAGAAAAUACAAUAUAUCCUUUUGUAAACACUUACAAUUAUCCUUUUGAUUUUUUUAAUACUGAAACACGCUAUGUACAAAUAUAUAUAUAUUUUCCGUAUAGUUACAUGACCCAAUGCUGCUUAUUAUUGUGAUUAAUAUUAUUAUUUGCAUUUUUAUCAUUAUUUCAUGUAUACGUACUUCUUUCCUUUUUGUGUAAAAAGAAAAGUGUGGGUUUGAUUGCCAGUGUGUUUGAGUUUGAAAGUGCUUUUUUCAAUGAAUGUUGGUGCAUGUCUAUCCACCACAAGAUGAUGUUGAUGAUCAGUGUUUGUGCAGAAUAACGACAGCAGCAUUCCUGCUCUCUGCAAUUGGGCUGGCCCUGUGUGUAGGAGAGUAGGGAUGGAAGAGGGAGAGAGACAGACAGUGAUAGAGAAAGAUGUGUUUCAGAGACAAAAGGAAAGCUGGGCAGGAUUGGUUAUAAAGUGUCAAAUAUAUGAAUAAAUAGCCUCCUUUGUAUUACAAGCCCAAGUAUGGUAAAUGACAGGCUAUUAUUGGUACAUUUUAAUGCAUCCUAAUGACCACAGGUUAAUUUGACCAUUAAUAUUAUGCUUGUGUUACAGAAUUGUUGUUAUGCAGUGGAGCACUGCUCAAAGCAGAAUGCUUUAUUUUCUCCAAUAUCUCCAUAUGCUUAUUGACAAUCAACCAUUGACGCAGUCUUGUAUGUCCAACUGAAUAACAGUAUUCCAUAUGUGAUUGCAUACUGACGGAAGGGUCAAGAAGUUGCAAGUUCUGCCGUAAGUCAAUUCCCAAACAUUCUAAGUGCACCAAUAUGUAUCUCAAGAUCAGAUUUGUGACAUAAUAUGAGGGAAAUAUUUUAAACAAUGACAAUUGUUUAAACGUGCCAUUAAUGUUUUUGCUCACUUGCAUGACAAAAUUAAUUGAAAUGGACAUGUUUUUAAUAAUAUGCCUCAUGUCUUCAGGAUUGGGCAUCAAAUUCACUUAAUUUGAUCACCGUUGUCAGCGCAAGUGGGAUUGCCAAUCCACCAGGAUGGACUACUCAGUGAAAAAUAGCUUUAAAAAGAAACUGCUCACCGAGGCAAGUUUUCUCGUGUGUAUGAGUGUUUUGUAUUAGGUGUGCUGUGGAUGAUGUGUGGUUUCCCUGUAUCUGAGUUUUGAAAGUGAUGACUGACAAUCUUUGACUGAUUUGAGAUCUUAUGUAAUGACUCAUGAUGGGAUUUUUUAAAAUCUAUGUACCUUUUUGUAUUUUUACUCUCGGGAGUUUCUCAUGUCUUUGAUCCUCCUUAAUGUAUAGUACAAUUUUGUUACUCUUGAAUAUAUAUUUAUACAGAUAUACAUAUUUUUUGGUAUCUAUAUUCUUUUUAAUUUCCUCUGAGCUAAUGUUCGAACCUCUUUGUCUACAGUAUUAUAGACAAUAUAAUUUGGACAGUAUAUCACCUUUUUUUACAUAUGUAUGAAUUUGAAAAAAUGCUUUCACUGUCCUCACGUGUAAAAUAUAUGUAUAAAUUUAAAUUAACCAGC